AUGCCAUGGCCUGCUAAAAAAACAUUUGAAAUAGACAAUUUUGCCCUUGCUUCUAAAUUCCAAAAUCAUACACACGUUAACGGGGAUUAUCGAUCGCAGAUUCAUCCUUCUGUCUUCCUUCGGAUCGCAGCCUCCUCCCGUCUUGCAGCUUCCUUCCGAUCGCAGCCUCCUUCCGUCUUGCAGCUUCCUUCCGAUCGCAGCUUCCUUCCGAUCGUAGCACACAACAUCCGUCUUCCCCCUGUUGUCGCGCAAUCAUAUCAUCGCAUCAGGUUUCCAGUGAACUUCUUUGUUAAUUCGAUUUUGCUUACAAAUAAGCCUCACAUGUCUACGAGGCCAAGAAAGAAAGAGGCAAUGAAAAAACAUAAGAAAGUUACUGUAGCUGAUGAGAUAAAAACCAUUCCUGAUUCUGAAGAACAUGAACAAACCACAACCCCUCCUGUUUAUGAACCUGAGAAGAUCCCAAUUCAUGAAAAUCAAUGGUCUAAACCCUUCAAGUGGCAGUGA